ACGGCAGAAGCGGACAAGUGGCGCAGGAAGAGAAGCGCGAGUGUCAAGCGCGGCGAUAGCAGCUAGCGCGGACAAGAGGGAGUACACGAGAAAAGAGCGGCGGCACAGAAGAAAAGGGAGAAGUCGGCGAAACACGCUCCGUAUAAUCUUCGAGCUCCGAGGCUGAGGUCGCUACUCCGAGGCGAGUCUGACAGCAAGGUCGACCGCAAAAUAGUUCCAACUGCUACACGUCCUUGAUCCCUUAACGAAGAAGGGAAGAAGGAGAGAGAAAGAGAGAGAGAAAGAGCAGAGAGUGCGGACCGACGCGAAGGAAGAAAAAGCAAAAGGGGAAGAGGGAUAGACACUAAGCGCGUCUCGCGCUGCGGAAUCGCGAGCACCGAGGGAUCGUCGAGAGCGAGAUUCGCCGAACGUUUGUUAUUAGCGUGUCCUUUUUUGCCGAAUCGACCGAUCGCGCACUUACUACAUUGAUCGUGGCGUCGAAUCGCGAUCGGUGGUGUGAAGUUUCCGAACGUGGUCGCGGACGCGGUAACUGCGCCGUGUAUCGGCGAGGAUUGCUCCCCGGCGGGAUUAAAUGACAUUUUCAAGGAGUUCAUCUACGUUCGCAAAGUAAGAUCGAAAAUUAUCAUGUUGCCGCAACGAUUACGCUGGCUAUUGCCGGCACUAAUCGUAUCUUGGAUGCACCUGCAGUUAGGUGCGGCUCUACCGGCUCACGAUGAACGGAGCUCGCACGUGUCUGUGAAUACGUUUGAUCCUAGUGCGAUCACUUCAACAAUGAUACGCCAAGACUACAACAAACGCGGGCAUCCUCCGGACGGCAAAAACGACACGCAGUCCAGCCAGAAACUGGUCGCUUCCCCGGCUGGACUUUUGCGGCCCGACAAGUUUCAGUUUUAUACUUACAACGACAAAGGUGAUAUGAUUACGCGGCAGAUGACCGUUCAGGAAAUUCAAGGCCUCAUCGCCGCAGGUGGCGCGGAUCAUAUCGCGAUGGACAGGCAAGAACCUCAAAAAGCCGACGACGUUCUCACAGGUGGCAAAAAGGUCAUGGAUGUAGUACAGAAAGUGCAGAAUGUGCUAAAGAGCGCGCUCGACAAGCCGCUGAUCUUAACGGGCACGGUGCCGAAGAUACCAGAGCACGCGAACGUCGAAUGGAGCAACAUUUUGCCUUCUAUAUUGUCCGGCGAGGCUGACGCGAUCUCUCCGAGCAGCAGCGAGUCGUCACAUAAGUUCACGACAGAAGAGACAGCAACUGGAAGCGCGUCUAAUAUCGGAACAAACGCAACGUCGAACGACGCCAAAAAGCCGGCGAUGCAGACAAACGCGUAUGGCGGUUUCACCAAUAACAUGGAGCACGGCGAGAGGCCUCAAUACAUCCAUCAUCCGCAGCAAGUUCCUGCAGCCGGCGCGUUCUCGGAGAAACCGAUGAUUCCGGUUCCAGUCAUCACUUUAACGGAACAGAAGCUGACCACAUUGCAGUCCGUCAUCACCGAGAGCCCGGUUUUCCAAAUGCUCAGUGUGAUCCCGGUCGAGGCCACCGAUUCUAACCAUCAUCAGCAAGAUCAGUCACAGCCGACCCAGACCGAGGAGGCGAGUCAGACCGAGCAGUUCAUAGAGUUGGCUCUGUCGGAAGUACCUGAAACCUUGACAUCCUUGCACUCCAUGAAUUCAGAUGCAUAUUUUGCAAACUUCCCGAAGCAGACAACGGCGAAUCUCGAUGACAAAGGAGGCAUGGGACUUCCGACGGCCACGUAUUCGACCACAUCGAGCAUAUCAACGGUUUCCUCAGCUGUCGACAUAAAGCAGACUGUAGCGCACAAGGGGGUCGAUGAAGCAACGACUAGCAAGAUCUCUUCUUCUUCUCCUUCGAACGCGAAUUACGCUGUCGCGGAGAAUAAGAACAAUAUGAAGCCAUCCGAGGAUCCCUCAUUCGCGCUUGGCGUUACGAAAGAGUCUCAGGUGAACGGGAUACAAAGUGACGAAAAAUUAAUCUCGCAAACUAAUACCGCUACCUCGAAGCCGCUUUCUCACGCACCCACGGCUCCGAAACCUGAGGAAAUGUCUAAUGAGCCCGUGUUGCUUUCGCAUUUACUGUCUACGUUCUCCUCUGUCUCGAAAAUCGAGACCUCGACCGUUCCGAUUUUGUCGCACACUAAUCGUCUCAAUGAGGCUACUUCGAAGGUCACUGAGAAACUAUCAGUCAACUCGGUUACACCGACGUACACGAAGGAUCACCUUCGACCGACCGAGAUCCAAUCGUCAGUUUCGAUGGAGCCGUUACCCACACAAUUGAUCGACUCCUUCUCGAGUGUAAUGAGUCAAAUCUCGGAGGCGAAACCACCGGUACUAUCUUUAUCGUCUACAUCAGGUGGCCUGCCGGAGAUGACGAUGAUGAACAUCAAUCACGAUCAAAGGUACAAUAUGUCCGACGACUCAGCUAAGAACACGCUCACGAGCGUGAAUAAUCGUUACGACACGCUCACAGCUCAUGGCGCGAAUGAAGAGAACAUUGAACGCGUCGCCGUCGGUUCACAGACCUACCCGACCGUGGCUGUGAAGCUUCCACCGUUGGACGUUGCUACCCGAACUACUAGCUACUCCACCAUUAAAUCUACCACUACUCAUCGGCCCACAUCAAUGGGAAUGGAUAAAGUAUCGAUAGUGAAAGCCGGAAUGAAUAAAAUCUCCUUGAAGCCCUCAGUUUCAAGCACGACCGAAAUAAUGAGUAACGGAAUGGUGAUUAAUAACAUAGCCAUGGCGUCUUCUACAUCAAAUGUUAAAUCGACCGAUACUACGACUUCCUCGCCCAUGUGGGUUCAGCUGGAGAAGAUCCAGAACGUAUCGGUGGAAAGUCUGACCGAAAGUUCUGCAACUUUCGGAACCGCCACUGCAACCAAUACGAUGUUGCAGAAACACACUCCUGGUGGGGCUACAUCUCCUGAAGAAAUCUUAUCUGUUACUUCGUCGAUUCUCGACACGACCAAAACACCAUCUACAAGCGCGUCGAUGGACCUAAACGUAUCCCUAAAGAGACCCAUGCCGACUAGCGAAUAUUUCGACGAUACUCUCAUGAACUUGAACUUGAGCGACCCGGUGUCCGCGAUCGACCAGAUAUUGAACAUCGUGCCAUUGCCGUCCAGCACUCCCACAGUAGAACCGAUCAGUUUGCCCAACGAUACGUCGGAUAUCGUGACUAGUGACUUGGCCAGCGGGCUGAUCGCUGGAUUCCUAAGCACGUCUCAAAAGUCACCCUUUGAAGAAAUCAACGGCAAUCAAGUCACGAAGAUCACAUCGAGCGCACGACCAACUGUUUCGACUGUGGGCGCGACUAAGCCCACAGAAUUCAUCGAAAACGUCACUCAGAUACACAAAGGAACCGUGACUCUCAAUGUAUCCGCUGACCGUCCGAAAGAAAGUAUUAAAUAUACGCAAACAUCGACGCAACGAACGCUUGUGACGAGCCCGAUUAAAAGCAGCACGGUGGGUUCAAGUACGCACACGAAAGCGUCAACUGUGACUUCAGGUAACAAGAACGUCUUAACGACGAAGCCAACAAAACUACCGAAUAGCAGCGAGAAAAUCAACGACUCUACAAAAGUAUCGUCAUCGUCCUUAUUAGGUAAUUCUGCGAACGGUAAUUAUGUCUCAAAAGGUAACACUGAACGAAGCACUACUGCCAUGGGAGCCAUUACCGCGAGUCCUGAGCGGCUAUCAACGACGAAUUCCGACGUUCGACCGUUAUACACUAAUAAAACCCAACUCCACGUGACUUCUAAUCAAAACAAAAAGGACAACAGAGAGAAAAUAAAGACGACGGAGGCGCCAAUCAUAAGAACAGACGUAGGUUCCGAAUUAUCGUCUCCUGUGAAAGUCACAUCGAUGGAUUCAGCUGGUGGGAACAAUACCAGAAACAUGAACUCUUCAGUACACACGGAAAGUAGCUCAAAGACAGAAAUGUCAAGUGAAAAGAAUCAGUUUUCCGCGAAUACCUUGGCAACGCAGAGUGUCGCCGUUCAUCAACAGCAUCAUAAUUUCUCCAGCCACGUCACUAGCUCUGUCAACGGCUCUAAAUCCGAGCUGCACGGUUCACAUAAGCAUCACAGUAAUGUCACAACAGGCACAGGUAUUUCGAAUAUUACGUUUAACACCGCGAAUCUGUCGACUGAAUAUUCCACCAGUAGUCGACCAGUGUUCGCGCAGAAUACGAAUCGUGUCAGCAAUGCGACUACUCUCGACAAGAACAAGGGUACGACCUCACCGAUGAGUAUGACCACAUCGUCGCACACUACGACUAAUAAUCGUACAACCGUUACAUCUCGGCCCAUGCAAAGCAACAAGACUGAUACACUUAUUUAUAACAUUAGUACCUCGUCUCCUUCUUCGUCUCCUUCUUCGUCAUCGGGCCAAGUAAGUGCGCAUACCGAUCGCCCGAUUAUCAAAGUUGUCACGCAGGCCCCAUCGGGCAAUGUAAGUGGGAACCACGAGAAACCUUCCCGACCGAGUCUAGCCAAUGGUACGAAACCUUCGAAUCCUAUCAACAAAACGUCAAAUCAACGUGACAAAAUUGUGUCACCGCAACACACGACGCAGAUCAUGCCGAUAGAGAGCACAGGCACUUCUGGAUCGACGCAAACUAACGGGGAGUUCAACAGUACGGAGAGCAAACCUGCGUCCUUGAAACAUUCAGAGAAUUCUCCGAAACCUGACGUGGUGCGUCCGCAGUCACCGAUGCCGAACGUUCCAACUCGUCCGUCCGCAUUGAAGCCCACAGUGAGUUACAAGCCGUUGGAAAAGUCCAACGUCUCGAAACCCGAAGCGGACACUGAUACGGAGGAAAAAUGGACGCUUAUAUCGCAACAGACACCGCCAGCUAUGACGAAGUUGCCGAAACCGCCAUCAAAACCGCCGAAGCCGCUGAGGAAGCCGCCAUCCAGCCACGUUUCAGGGUCAUCCAACCCGGACGAGAACGGCAACGUUCGUAUUCCAGGACCUGAUACGACGGCGUAUCAGCAGGACGAUCCUCCUCAGACGAUACCUCAACCCGUGCUGCCGCUGGACGUGUCUCAGAGUGCAAGCGGCUUGGACGUCACUGUAAAGCACACAAGCACCGAUAUUGUGAACUUCGCUAAGCUGUGCAACGAGUUGGCUUUCAACUACUGGGUGGCCACCAAUAAAGGUCUAAGCACCGCUAGGUCAUUAGCUCUGUCGCCUUUCGGUAUGACUAGUCUGUUGGCGAUGAUCUUCUUGGGCGCUCGCGGCCCAACGUCCGAUCAGAUGAACGAGGUGCUCGGGUUGGACGAUGUGACCACGUUCAACCCGCACUUGGUCUUCCAGAAUAUUACGGACACGGUGGGCUUGGCCAGAGGUCAAGGUAUCGCUAAUGCUGCCUUCGUUCGUGAGCUGUUUGCUGAUAAGAUGAAAGUCAGGAAGCUUAUGCCCUUCUACAAAGAACAGGCACAGCAGUUCUACGAGGGUCUCGUGGCUGAAGUGAACUUCGCCACCAUCAGCGACCUCGUGCGUAGGCGGACGAAUCUGUUGAUCAGGAAACAGACCGGCGGCAGAAUCAAAGACUUCGUCAAGACAAAUACGGUGCCACUCAGAUCGCCUUUGGCGGCGCUCUCCGCCAACGUGUUCCAGACUGACUGCAACACCACUCUGACCAGUUCCGUCGGCAGAGAUGGUGAACUGUACUUCGCGGUCUCGCCAGCCGUGAGACAGAGAAGACUUGUGCCGGUACCGGCUACCACUUGGCGAUCGGGCGUUUUGGCCGGUUACGAACCUAGUAUCGACGCUACUGCGGUCGCUCUCGGGGGAAGCGACAAGCUUGUCUCGACGAUUUUCCUGUUACCAGGUCAACAAGGUCACACUGCACCCGGUGAUACGUUGGAUCGCCUCGAGCAGCGUCUCGUCAAAAGUGCGUUCCGUGACGGGACUUGGAACAAGUUGCUGAAGGUUCUAACAUCCAGAAGUGGCUUGGAACUUCAAGUACCUAAAUUCAGUCAUCGAUCUGUCGUGAACGCCACCGCAGCUUUGAAAAGAAUGGGCCUCGACGAAUUGUUCUCAGGUAAUGCCGACUUCAAGGGCAUCAACGGCGUAGGCCACCGUCUCCACUUGGCUGAUGUAUUACAGAUGAAUUUGUUCAGCACUUGCGGUGACGAGAAUAUCCUCAGCGGUCGACAUCACGUGGAAACAUAUCCUGCGAGCCCUUUGAGAAGUAUCAGACGACGAGUCGAGGACAUCGACGGAGAUUCCGAUGACGUCACCGAAGACGACGUGUUGAGACACAGCGGGGUAUCAUCGCAGAAGGAUCACACAGGUUCGCUCCAUGCGGACCGAUCGCACACAGGUCGAUUCCGCAGAGAGAAGAGACAGCUCUCAACUACGUCGGAGAGACCUAGGUUGAAACUCGAUAGGCCUUUCUUGUACUUUGUCCGACACAAUCCUUCCGGUAUAAUUCUGCACAUGGGACGCUUCAAUCCUCGAUUACUGCCCUAAACGAAAGUUCACCCGCGGGUAAACUUUGUCACUGAAUGCCAUCGAUACAAUCCUGUUCCUUCUGUCUGAUGCUCUACAUGUAUCCAUGAAAUUUCGUCUCUCCGAUAAUAAUCGACUAGGUAACUCUGCUCAAACUGGUCUGUUCCUCUAGAAGACCAACAUAGCGCUACAUAACGCACUGUCGCGGCCCGCUGCGUUUGAAUAGCGAAAGGUAGAAUGUACUCGCGUCGAGUUUUAGAAAAUUUGUAAACAAUCUCGCUUAGAAUUACUUAUUAUGUAUUAGCUGCCACGACAUCAUCGCUUAGAGAUAAGGGACCAGCGCGGUAUCUUACGCAAUUCCGCACUUCCCGUACAUCGCUAAUUAUACGCAAACGAAUCCAUGACAUCGACAUCGUCGUAUUAUUUUAUGAUAUAUUUAGGGAAUGGUUAAAUAAAUAACAGACUGAGAACGGGGAGAAAAAGAGAGAAAAAGUAAUGUGAAAGAGGGGGAGAGAGGAAGAGAGAGGGAGAGGGAAGGAGAGAAAAAGAUCUUAAUCGCGGUCCAAAUGAUCAUUAUUUCUUUCACGUAUCAGCAAAAUAUCACGACGAUUGAUGCAAUCGCCGACAAGAGCGUAAACACGAAUCUGUAACGAGUACCGAUAAUCUAUUUGGACCCUGAUUGACAUUACGUAUCCUUCCAAUAUGAUUGACAGUUGUGAUAUGAAUGAGCGUGGAAUUUUUGUACAUUUCGUAGAAUUAUGUAAUUCGCCCGGAUAUGCGCCCCUGAGUCCGCAUAUCGCGUGAAAUUGAAUAUUGUUGGCUAUGUAUUUCAGUCAAGUGUCGAACUGAUGGCGUUGAAUAAAAAUGACAUUCUCGUUCCAUCUCUCGUUUUUCAAGACAACUUUGAGCAUGCGUUUGGGCAUUACAAUACGUACAGUCUGCAUUACAAUACGAACAAGAUUGCCACACUUUUAUCUCUAGAUGGGUUCCUCAACACUCGCAUAUACAAUGAAAAAAUGCAUCUUUUAAGAAUUACUAAAGAGCAAAUUCCCCUAUUCGAUACGGAAUGAAUUGUGAAACUCAUUGAGGUAAAGAUGUUGCAAGCUUUUGAUUAAUGACUGUAUAUGCGUAAGAUAAGAAAGAAUUGCAUUGUACACUUGGGGGUCUUAGUAUGGUUUUAAUAUUUUCCUCUCGAUAGAAUUUAAAACGCAGUCGAUAGUCCGAGAGAACCUAUUUUUUAUUAAUUCUAACAAGUUUAAGUAAAAGUACCAAAUCCCAUAGCUAGUUCUGAACAUUCGUAUUGUUUUGGCCUUUAAAUACGAACAUUUAUAUCUUCAACGUGGAAUGUGUAUAUAUAUAUUUUAUGUUAAAAAUUUAAAUAUUCCUAUUUAAAGACCAAAACAAUAAAAAUGUCCAGAACUAGAUGUGUUCAAGCAUUGGUACAUUUAUUUUACUUCAAGAAGUUGUAAAAUUCAGUAUCAUAUUUUCAAUGACGCAUCAAAGGAAUAAACUUACUAUUUAUCAAUCAAAA